AUGCUCACAUUAAAUUUGAUGGGCGUGAAGAAGGGUUCAACCUCUAAGGCUGCUGUAGAAGAGACAAAGGCCAAAGUGAAGUCUGUCCAAGAUGUGGAUGAUGAAGGCUGGAUGACACAAGUGUCAAAGAAAGGUAAAAAGCAUCGAGGAAAGAAAGAUGAACCAGAAGCUUUGGACAAAAAAACAACAAAAGAGGAGGCUGCGGAAUCACCAGCCCCAGAACCCAGGGAGGGGGAGGCAGCGCCAGUGGAAUCCGCCAGUCCUCCGUUGGAGAAACGCAAGAAAAAGUCUCACAAAACCUCGAAGGGUGCCCCUGAAGAGGGCUCAUCUACAGGUGGUUCAGGAGAACCGGCCCAGGCCCCAGUUGAGGAGCAAAGCAAGGAAAAGAAUGCAGCUGCAGUGAAAAUUGAACCUGAACCAGAAGCUGAGCCUGAGCCUGAGCCUGAGACUAAGCCGGAGAGCCUUGCAGAGCAGUCUGUAGAUGUGAUGGAAGACAGUACCCCAAAACCUCAGAAGAAAUCUAAGAAUAAGAAGAAAGAAAUAGACGACUUUGAAAUCCCAGAUGUUUACACAAAAUCCCCACUUGUUGAACCAGUGGCCCUUCCAGCGAUAAAACCAGCUAAAAGUCCGAAGAAAAACAAGAAGGAUAAAAAACAGGAACAACAGACAAUUGCAGAUACAGUGUCUGAAGCCUUGGAUUUGGAGGUCAACAGUGAUCCAGUACCAGCUUCAGCUGUGAGUCAAUUAUCUGAAGCCAUGCAAGACAUCCCAGCUGUUCCAGGGGUUUCCCCUGUAGAGAGCCCAAUGCAACCUGAUCCUUCUUCCACUGCUCAAACAACAGAAAACGUCACUUUUGACGAAUUAGGAGAUUCCUGA